AUGAAGUUGAGACUUUUGAUGCUUCAAAAAAGGAAAAUUCCUACAUAUGCUAAUUUGUCAGGGUGGAGUACUAAAGGAGCAAUGGCUUGUCCUUCAUGCAAUGAGGAGAUCCCAUCUACUCGACUUAAAUAUGGUUGUAAGUUUUCUUUCAUGGGGGCUCGUCGAUUUUUACCUAUGAAUCAUAAAUGGCGAGAAAACAAGUCUUCCUUUGAUGGAAAAUUGGAGAAAAGGUCUGCUCCCAAGAAGAUGUCGGGAGAUGAUAUGUUGAACCAAUUGCAAAUGCUUCAACCUAUUACAUUUGGUAAGGCUAAAAAGAAGCAGAUGAAUGAUAAAAAUCAAAACAGUAUCAUAGGUACAUUGUUAGAUAUUGAGGGGAAAACCAAAGACAACUUGAAUGCUCGUCGUGAUUUGAAGGAAAUGGGUAUAAGGAAGGAUUUGCAUCCAACUCAAAAGGAUGGGAAGUGGUUUUAUUCAGCAACAUGUUACACUUUAUCUUUAGAGGAAAAGACUAAAAUAUGCAAGUUUUUAAAAAGUGUAAAGGUUCCUGAUGGAUAUUCAUCUAACAUCUCACGAUGUGUAAGUGUUAAGGAGUGCAAGAUAAAUCGUCUCAAGAACCAUGAUUCCCAUAUUCUUUUAGAACAACUUCUUCCUAUGGCAAUGCGUGGAAUUGUACCUAAUAAUGUGUAUGAUGCUAUAACUGAGUUGAGCAUUUUUUUUAGAGAGUUAUGUUCAAAAGUGUUGAAAAAAGAAGCAUUGGAGCGCCUUGAAUCUCAAAUUGUAAUAACCUUGUGCAAAUUAGAAAGAAUCUUUCCACCAACAUUUUUUGAUGUUAUGGUGCAUUUAACUGUUCACCUUGCAACUGAAGCAAAAAUUGUAGGACCUGUACAAUAUCGAUGGAUGUAUCCUAUUGAGAGGUUCUUAGGAAAAUUGAAGCGUUAUGUUUGUAAUAAAAGUCGACCAAAAGGUUCUAUUGCAGAAGGUGAACAUGAGCAAGGCAUGUAUCAAGAGGAUUUUCAUGAAUGGUUUCAUCAUCAAGUUGUACAAUUGUAUAAAGAAGAGAGUACAUGUGUAAAUGAAGUUCUAUUAUCUUUGUCUUGUGGUACUUUUUAUGGUAUACAAAGGUUUUCAGGCUAUAUCAUAAAUGGUUUUAGGUUUCAUACUAAGCAACUUGAAGGAAAAAGGGUAAAGCAAAAUAGUGGUGUUUUGGUAAAAGGAAUGGUAGAGGAUAAAAAUAUAGAUUAUUAUGGAGUUCUUAAUGAAAUAAUUGAACUUCAAUAUUUGAAUGAAAAACGGAUUGUGUUAUUUAAAUGUGAUUGGUGGGAUGUUCAUGUGAUUGGAAGAGGUGUGAAGAAUGAUAAGUAUGGUUUUGUUAGUGUUAAUACAACUCGAAAAUUAUAUACGGAUGAACCAUUUGUGCUUGCAUCUCAAGCACAACAAAUAUGCUAUGUUAAUGAUGGUUCCAAUCCUAAUUGGCUUGUUGUUUUAAAAGGUCAUUCGGAUAGCUUUUAUGACCUACCGUGUGGUGAAAAAUCAUCUAUUGAUGAAGAAGCUUUCCAACAAGACAUCUCUAAAAUACUCCUCAAAUUGCAAAUAUGUUUGAAGAUGAUGGUGACUUAA